AUGAGCACCGCCGACAGCUACCUCCCUCCGGCGCUGAGCGCGGAAAGCAUCACCGCAUUGAUCCUCUCCCUCUCCCUCCCCACCCCCACCAGCAUCACCCCCCUCGAAGUAAGAGCCGCUUUUCACUCGAUCUAUCUCAUCACCUUCGCCGCAUCACCCACCACGAAGAUCCCCGCCCGCCCCAACCCCGACGGCAGCACGACGCUCGUCCUCCGCGUCUCCGGACGCCAACUCCCGCGCAUCAAGACCCUCAACGAAGUGGGCGUCAUGACCUGGGUCCGGACACACACCUCCAUCCCCGUGCCCGCCAUCCUCCACCACGACGCCACCGAGACCAACCCGAUCGGCCACGAGUUCACUCUCCUCGAAAAAGCCCCCGGCGUCAGCCUCGACACGAUCUACCCGACCCUAUCCGAGGCGCCCAAAACGCACCUGGUCCGCCAGCUCGCCGACUACCUCAUCGAACUGCACACCCACCCCUGGACGGACGGAUACGUGGGGGGUCUCACCCUCUCCGCGUCCGGCGAAGUCGCGCAGGGCCCGCCCAUCGACGAAACCUACUGGCAGAUGCCCGACCUGGAGAAAUACUGGUCUUCAUCCACUGUCCCUGUAACGAGUCUGGAGACCCUCAACCCCACCCCGCCCGACGGGUUCACGGACUACGUGGCCUUCACCGUCGGCUGUCUGGACCGGUACCUCCACGCCAUCGACAUCCACCCCGCCCUGGAACCCUACCGGGAUCUGGUCCGCCGCGUCCGCGCCUUCAGGGAGGCGAUACAGCGGCCCGAGAAUGCGGCCCGGCUGAACGAGGUCCCGUAUGUGCUCGCGCACAAGGACCUGCACUGCGCGAAUAUCAUGUGCGAUCCGACGCAGCCGGGGUGUCCGAUCACCGCGGUGCUGGACUGGGAGUUCAGCGGGGUGGUGGCGGCGCCGCGGUGGAAUCCGGUGCGGGCGUUUCUGUGGAAUGGGCGGGAGGGGGAGGAGAAUAAGGCGGAGCGGAACCGGUUGGAGGCGGUGUUUGAGGAGGUGGUGAGGCGGGAGAAGGGGGCGGAGUGGGUGCUGGCGGAGAUGAAGUGGCGGAGUCCGUUGCAGGAGGAGGUCCAGAAGGUCGUGAAUCACCUGCGCGCGAUCGUCGAGGUGGUUCCCCGGGGGCAGGCGGGGGAGAGAGCUGGGCUGUGGAGGACGGUUGUGGAGGAGGGAAUGAGUUGUGUGGAUGGUGGGAUGGUGGACUAG